GCUGCACAACCAAUGCUUAAUUCUGGGAUAAUGGAAACAAGUACGGCCGAUGGCGAGGCUAAGUUGAACUCCGCUGGCAAGCCUGCUGCUACUGGGAAACCUGAGCAAAAGCGAAAAAGGAUCAGGAUCAAAGAAAAGUCAGUUUUGCAGGCCAAGCUGACUCGACUCGCUAUCCAAAUUGGCUAUUUAGGUUAG